GGAAAGAUGACCCUACUAAAUUAUGGAGGACGAAAGUGGGUUGGGAAAGAGCAUUAAGCGAAAUCGACCAACAGCAAAACGCCCUAAAGAUUGGACUGAACAUAAUAAUGUACCAGAAAAUUCGAGCGAACCUUCACCAAAACAGGACACCGAAAAGGCAAGUUUGUGGCAAAAACUUAAAAACGUCACCAAAGCUAAAUCUAACGAAGAACACCCUAUAAAAACACAAGAAAACGCGACAGCCACAAAUCCAUCGAGUAACUGGGACCAUCUUUUGAACGACAAAUUCCCUGAUUCGUCAAACAAGCCCCGCCCUAUGAUUGACAUAGGUACUCCCAUACGCAAAACUAGGGAGGAGAGUUCGAUUCCGAAGUCCCAGUCUCAGUGGCUGCAAGCGUUCCGGGCCAUCUCUGAAAUGAAGAGAACAGAAUCGAACCAACCGAAACCGAUGGACCUAAAACAAAUGGAUCGGAAGUAUGAACCUGUCACUGUCAAUCAGUCUGCAUCAAGCGAAGUAGGCCGUCCUAAGCCAUCAACAGAAAACAUAGAUUCGUUCUGGUUGCCCUCACCACGGACUUCACGCCCAAACACUCGCCAAACCCAUAUGGAAUUCUGGGGAGCCGAAGACUUCUGUUUUGACACAGUUUCUGUUGAUCCCGAAACUACACAAGAUGAACAUUCUUGGAAAAUGUCAUAA